AUGACUGCGGCUGCUAGGUCUCGUCCCUCUUGGGGGUGGCAGAGUAUCCUUCAUGGGCGUCAGUUAUUGGAGAUGGGAUUGAGAUGGCAGGUUGGUAAUGGCCAAUCGGUAUCCCUCCUUCACUCUAACUGGAUCCCCUGGUACCAGCUUGAUCCCCCAUGUUAUAAUCUGCGGAUUUUGCCUGAGGGGGGUGAUCCUUUGGUGGCCGAGGUUAUUUGUCAAGGGGAAGGGAGAUGGUCUGAUGAGAGGCUCUGUCAGUGGUUUGAUCCACCCACCUGUAAGGCUAUCAAAGCUAUUCCUCUUCCUAGAUGGGAUGUGCCUGAUAAGCUUAUCUGGCAUUUUACGGCUGAUGGGGUUUUCUCGGUAAAGUCGGCUUAUCAUUUGGCUGUCGAUUUGGAAUGGAGGAGGGGUGGGUGGCGAUCCUCGGUUAGUUGGAUGGAUAAACCGAGUUGGAUAAGAGUAUGGGAGGCGAAGAUCCCUCCAAAGUUGAAGGUUUUUGUAUGGCAAAUCCUUAAUCGGGCUCUUCCAACUACGGAGGCGCUUAUUGAGAAAAAUAUUCAGGUUCUCCCUCGGUGUCCAGUUUGUUGGGAUGGCUCGGAAACGAUGGAACACUUUUUCCUUUACUGUCCGGUUGCGCGGGCUCUCUGGGACUAUUCAGGGUUGAACUACCUGGGGGAGGGUCUGCCUCGGCACACUUUUCCUUUGUUUCUCAAACGUUUGUUGGCGCUGAUUCAGCAACCGUCAUUGGUUAUGGCUGUUGUUGCCAUCCUUUGGAGGAUCUGGCAUUCUCGGAAUUGGGUUGUCUUUGAGGGCAAUCAAUUUGGGAUCCCGACGCUCAUGCGGCAGUUUCACCAACAGUAUGAGGAAUGGGUGGGUCUACCAGCGGAUCGAGCUCCGAGGACGAUUACCCCGAUGAUGCAACCAACUGCGCCAGUGGGUGAUUCUCAUUUGGUUUGCAUGUGGGAUGGGGCUACGUAG